CCACCCAUAUAAAAACAUGAUCUCUGCUUCAUUCGUCACAAGAAGUAGGGUUUUUAUCACAAGGCAGCCGCUUCUUCUUCAAGGUCUCGCUCGGAACCUACGCGCCGUCAGCGUUUCACUCAAAUCUCGCAAACAUGGGAAAGACACAUGGAAUGGGAGCUGGACGCAAGCUGAAGUCACAUCGCCGCAGACAAAGAUGGGCUGACAAAUCAUACAAGAAGUCUCACCUUGGUAACGAAUGGAAGAAACCAUUCGCUGGUUCUUCUCACGCUAAAGGCAUCGUCCUUGAGAAAAUUGGUAUUGAAGCUAAGCAGCCUAACUCUGCUAUCCGAAAGUGUGCCAGAGUUCAACUCAUCAAGAAUGGAAAGAAGAUUGCUGCUUUCGUCCCCAAUGAUGGUUGCUUGAACUACAUUGAAGAAAACGAUGAAGUUUUGAUUGCUGGAUUUGGACGUAAGGGACAUGCUGUGGGAGAUAUUCCUGGAGUUAGGUUCAAGGUGGUGAAGGUUUCUGGUGUUUCACUUUUGGCUCUUUUCAAGGAGAAGAAGGAGAAGCCAAGAUCUUAAGUGAUAUUUCUGAGGAGGUUUUACUGGUGACUUUUGUCUUAGUUUUGAUAUGUUUGUUGAAGAGUUCAAAUGGAAUUGUGGUUUUAGAUUUGUGUUUGCAGAGGGCAGACGAUUUGUUCUUGUUUUGUAAUGUGAUUUUGGUAAACACAAUUUAUUUAGAUAACUGUUUUUGCCUA